UCUUGUACCUGCUACUAUCGUUGGUCCGACAAGCGGGUGUAUUAUAAUAAUGAAUCUCAAAAAUAUGCUUCUUCGCGGAAUAUUAUUGUUUGGUAUGGUAUUUUACGGCCAUGGUCAAUAUGGCGGACAGACGUAUAGUGAUGGGGGGCAACAACAGGCGUAUACUGGUGGAGGGCAACAAGAGGCGUAUAAUGGUGGUGGGCAACAGACGUACAAUGAUGGUGGGCAACAACAGACGUAUAAUGGUGGCGGGCAACAACAGGCGUAUACUGGUGGAGGGCAACAAGAGGCGUAUAAUGGUGGUGGGCAACAGACGUACAAUGAUGGUGGGGAACAGCAGACGUACAAUGGUGGUGGGCAACAACAGGCAUACAAUGGUGGCGGUGGUCAACAGCAAGGUGCAGCUCCCAACAGUGGGCAGCAGUCUGUGGCCUUAAAUGAUGGACAAUUCCAAGGUCAAGGAAACAUGGCUGGAGGUCAGGUGGGCGGAGGUCAAACUCAAAAUUAUGGGCAGCAAACAGAUGUUCACAGAGAGGAAAUAGAAUCUGAGGAGCAUAAAUGGUUGGAUAAUCACCAUGACAAUGCCGACGUCUUAGGCGGGGACGCGUCAGAUCGAUACCCAUUUUGUGCAGACAUACUGAGUCAAGGUACGUGUUAUGACAGUAUAACGUCUCCGAGUGAAAGAAGACCAACUUGUGGAAGUGACGGUAAUCUCUAUGCCAGCAGAUGCAGUUAUGCCUUGGCAAAAUGCCAGAGUCUUCAGGCUGGUCUUGGGGAUAUGCAUCGUGUGAAAGGUCAACUGGAAAUGGAGGCGACUUGCUGCAUGUACACUUGUCGAGAACAAGAUGUUGACCGUGUGUGCGCCACCAACGGCCACAUUUAUCUUAAUGAUUGUUACCUGGCAAAUCGUAUUUGUGAAAUUGACAGGGAAACUGGCACUGAGAUUGUGGAAGCGUCAUCCAUGGACGACUGUGCAGUUGCACUCAAGGUUGCUGAGAUCAAUGGAAUGAAAUGGAUAUAUAAAAUUGCACAUCAAAGCAUUCUCGAUCAAGUGACACCGACAGAAGUUGAGGCGUUCGUUACCGACGAAAAAUCGAUAGAAGGACCGAAACCUCCUGCUGAUGUAAUUUGGGACACUUCAUUUUACCAUCCCGAUGCUUGGGAAUAUAAUACUAACGGUGGGCAGUUUAAUCAACACAAUAAUCAACCCAAUCAUAAUGCCCAACAAAACGGCCAGUACAACCAGCAAGGAGGUCCGCAGUAUGAUAUGUACAACGCAGGUGGUCAGCAGAAUGGUGUACAAAGUGGCGGUAGUCAGUUUAACGGUGUACAAGGUGGAGGGCAACAAAAUGGCAUCACGGGAGGUGGCCAGGGUGGUUAUAUGCAAGGAGCUGACGCUGUGCAAGGUGGUAGUCAGUUUAAUGGUGUACAAGGUGGAGGGCAACAAAAUGGCAUCACGGGAGGUGGCCAGGGUGGUUAUAUGCAAGGAGCUGACGCUGUGCAAGGUGGUAGUCAGUUUAAUGGUGUACAAGGGACUGGACAACAAGGCGCUGCAGUGGGAGGCGUCGGCCAGGGUGGCCAAAGUGAUUAUAUGAAUGGAGGUGCUGGCGCAGGUGGUCAGUAUAAUGGUGUACAAGGGGGCGGAUAUAACGGUCUGUCGGGAGGUGCCGCCUCCAAUGGCGGUCAUACUGGUCAGCAAAAUCAAUAUACGAACUAUUAA